AUGGCUAACCACUCGAAAACUGACGGAGAUGCUGCCAACCCUACAACAACCUCUAUCAGCUCAAUCCACGUGACGUCACUCAACACCGUUACGACAGUUUUUGCAGGGCUUCAAAAAGUUGUGUUGGAAUACGACCCCGCCGAUGAGGCCUUUCUCAACACUGUCACAGAUGAUCUUGAUGGGGAGCGGGAGGCACUCGAAGAGGCUAGAGAUGGAGGUCACGGCUCAGACCAGGCUUCUGUCGUCAAUCCCCCUCGCCAAGAUAUCGUUGGUGGAGUUUCCAGCUCCAGUGUUGUGCCAAUUGAGGACGACGAUGGGGAUGGAGAUGUUGUCAUGGUCAAUGCCAAAAGUACAGACAAACCCGACCUUGGUGUGAUCAAAGAGUUUUCAAAGGGUGUUAGCGACGGUACACUUGCGGGCUACCUCAGCCUCAUCAAACAGCUGGAAAAGUGGAUUCAAGAACACGAUCUCAUCCCAAAAGAUGAGACCUUCUUCCGAGCUGACCCUCAUGAAGACGCCCCUUCCAUGAUCGCUGCAUGGAUAAUGGAUUCAUGCGACACGGUCAAACUUGACGGGACUGUCCGCCCCAAGUCCGAAGUCCGGAAGUCAUACAGCCAUGCACAGAAAAUGCGUGCAGCAGCAACCUUUGGUUUCGGUCACUUACAUAGUCUUGGUAAUGUAACGUGGCAGCAAAGUGAGGUUACAGGUAAAAUGCGUGGAAACCCUUCAGUUUCUCAACAGGUAUCGCUGUACAUGAUCAGUUUACAUCGGCGAAAAGUGAAAGCAGGAGAAGAAGCAACAAGUGCCCGUGCGAUCACUGCUGAUAUAAUUCAAAAAAUGUACAAUCACAAUGUUCAGAAAGAGCUAUGGAACCCUCCUCCCCCUCAAUUUACCCGAUCGCCACAACCACUACCUACCCAGAAAAGAUCAGAGAAAGUUUUCCUCGGUCCUCGUUUCCGUCGCCUACUCCACUUAGCAUACACCAUCGCCUUCCUAUGUCUAUUGCGAGUUGACGAGGUCCUCAACAUCACAUUCAAUCAGGUUGAGGUAGUUCAACACGAAAACGGCAAGACUUUCAUGUAUGUAACAUUACCAUAUCGGAAAACUGCUCAGGGACACCUGUGCCCAGUACGAGCAUAUGCUGAAUGGGUAGAUGUAUUGGGUGAGGAUGUCGGCUUCAUUUUCCGUAAGAUCAAGGAAGGUGACCGGACUGGUCCUGUGGACGAAGCUAUGACAUCUCAACAGUUCCUCGAGGGCUUUCGCCACAAUCUGCUCGACAUUGGCAUAGAUCCAGCACCAUACGGAACCCAUUCUUUCCGUCGUGGAGGAUGCCAAUGGCUUUCGGCGGAUCUUAGAUGGCCGUAUAUCAAGAUUUGUCAGUGGGGAGGGUGGAGUACUGAGCUCACAAAUGCAACAAUUGUUAAGUAUCUUGUUUCCUGGAAUGACGAUCCGAUGUAUCCGCGUGAAGAUUUUUUCGAUUUUGACAAGUCAGGUGUACGUUGUCCAACGUGUGGCCGUUCUUGUUUGUGCUGGGGUCGUUAA